CGUAUAUCAUAUAUGGAUACAGAUUCAUGGAAUGCUAAGUGCGAUCAGCUGGGGAGUUAUGAUUCCUCUUGGUAUAAUGAUAGCUAGGUAUAUGAAAAGGAUCGCUGCACUGCGCAAAAAAUGGGUUAAACUCCAUCGUGCUUGUCAGCUCGUUGCAUAUGCGAUUGGUUUUGUUGGCUGGGCAAUUGGCAUAUGUCUACGGAUCACCUCAAAGGGUGUUCAUUACAAUGCUCAUCUAAAUAUUGGGAUUGGAAUCAUAUUUCUUGCUACCUUCCAGGUAGUGUUUGGGUUUCUAAGACCAAAGGGGAAAAACAAGUACAAAAAAUACUGGAACAUGGCUCAUUAUGUAAUUGGCUGGUCAGUGCUUUUUCUUGGAAUUAUCAAUGUGUUUGAAGGGUUAGCUAUACUACGUCCGCCAAAGCAGUGGAAAGUUGCCUAUACAUGUAUUCUUGCAGUAUUAGUAUCAGUUUCACUUAUAUCGGAAGCGAUCUUCAGGGAGAUAGAAAGGAAUUGAAACCCACCUAACCUUAUGAUGAUCCAUGCAUGUAUGGUCAUGGGGUGGAGAAUAGACAUCAUCAAUGGUCACAGGGCUGAAGACAGGGAGGCUGGUGAGAACCUAGCCCCCCAAGAAAACAAUUUGUGAUGUAUGUAUAUAUGUAUAAAUAAUUAAUUAAAUAUUUAUAGAAAAAUGCUACAAAGUUGCCUAUGGACAGACAACUAUGUAUGUGUAGACAGACAAGUGUGUCAAAGGCGUACACACAAAAAAUAUGUACACUGAGCAUGACUCUUAUUUAUAAGAAGUAAAAAAUAUAGUGAAAUUUUAAACUUUCACUCUACCAAUAUAAAUUUCUUAAGCCCCAACCCCACUAACCUGCCAUCUCUGGCUCCGCUCGUGCUUGACAUGGUGAGAGACGGAACUAUGUGAAGA